UUUUUACGGCCUUGCAGCCACAAGAAAUUUCAUUGGACCAGUAGCCACAUCCUGUCUGCAACACGUCUCCAUUACACAUUACACGUCCAUUAACGACCAGUGUCGCCGGUUUCCUGCACUAUACCCAGUCGGUGUUUCGGUCCGUACAUCGCAGCUCCCAAUUCUACAAUGAGCCCAAUGGACACGACAGUAUCGCUGCCGCCUUCGUCCGAUGGUUCGCCUGUGUUCGUGCCAGCCAUAUCCGGAACUAUCUUGCCUGCUGCCGUGCACAGCUCUUCUUCUCACCUCAUACCAGACUCUCCUGCAGUCUUUCCCAAUAAAGCGGAGCUCAACGGCCCACUGCACGUGUCAACAAAUCAACCCAAUCUUCCUCCGCCUGCAUAUUUGGAACCGGAUGCUAUCGACCCUUCAGCUGUCACUCAUUCCACUUCCAGUACCAUUUCGGAUUUUGCAUCCGGAUGUUCGCUCUAUGUUCCUACUUCCAACUUUGAAAACGACAUGCCUAUAGCGGCCACCGCUACCGCUCAUGCACCUUCCCUUUCCCCUCCUACUCUCACCCGGACACCUCCCCGCAUUCAUACCACUGCUCCUGCCUUCAGUGCCACCCCUACAUCCUCUUUACAGUCUGCUCUUGAGCCAGUGACGCCGGCUCGAAGUCGUGCAAAUACCAUUGGCUCCUUUGCUCCCAGUGCCAUGAUGAACUUAGCCACUCACCAACCCCCCAUCGAUCUAUUCCCUUCUGCGAACAAGAAUGGCAAUUCACUGCUUGCAGGAAGUAUUAUGUUACAAGAGUGCGUCUUUCUCCCCUUCUUUCGAUUUGUCAUCAUGAGUUGAUCCAAACGUUUGCAGAAUCGCCCAGAACGCAGAAACGGCUGGUCAAGCUUGCCGGAUGCUGCAGCCCCAGCGCGCUCAUACACUUCUCGAAGGCCUUCGAAACAAGCUUUCGGUCGUGUCAGACUUGAUCUCUAGCCUCACUGACGUUUCUUUGUCGGAUUCGAAGGUCGGAACACCGUAUGGCAACGAAACCAAGGUCGACUACUUUUC